AUGCAACGUAUCAAAGGCUUAAUGACUGGUUCUUUGCCCACUUUCAUCGAUGCGGGUGCCAACUUUGCUUCCUCUGCGGUUGGUGAGGACCAUCUUUUGCGGCAUAUACAAGCUCAAUAUGAACAUAUUUAUUUUAUGGGUGAUGAUACUUGGGUUCAUUUGUUUCCUGAAAGCUUUCAGCCAAAUCGUACCUUUGAAAGUGAUAGUUUUAAAAUGCUUGAUCUUGACUCUGUUGAUAACGCUAUUGAGAAAGAAUUAUGGCCGCUUAUGGAGAAUCGUGUUAAAAAAGACGAAUGGGAAAUAGCAAUUGCUCACUUUUUAGGUGUUGACCAUUGUGGGCACACUUAUGGUCCUUCUGACCCCAAUAUGGCGCGAAAACUGACUCAAAUGAAUAGUGUCAUUGAGCGUUUAUUGCAGCAAGUUGAUAACGAUACUUUGCUCUUAAUCAUGGGUGAUCAUGGUAUGUCUGUUGACGGUGAUCAUGGUGGUGAAAGCGUAGAAGAGCUCAUGAGCACCUUAUUUUUAUAUUCUGGAAGACCGCUAACUUUGCAGGAGCCAUAUUUCCAAUCCCUUUAUGAAAGAAUUCAUAAUGCUAGGGCUGCGCUUUUGGGCUAUGACCUGGAUGGUAUUGCUCAACGACUUCAUUAUAACCCUAAAUCUUACCCUAUAGUGGCUCAAAUUCAUCUUGUCCCCACUUUAGCUUAUCUCUUAAACACUCCUAUACCUUUCGGCAAUUUAGGCGCCAUCAUACCUAAUCUAUUAGUCCCCAAUCUGCAAGCAGAAGAAUACUCCCCCAUCAACAAACAGCUGUAUACAUUAUGGCAUAUGGUGGAAGAAUUCCGCAAAAACUCCUUACAAGUGCAUGUUUACCUUGAAAAUUAUCAAAACCAGACACAUCAACUAGACUUUUCGUCCGAUAAAUUAGCACCAAUUGUACAACAUCUAUAUGACGCCGAGACAAUUUUGACAAAUUUACUGCAACAAAGACUCUUCACAGAAUCAUUAUCAAAUGAAAACAAAAACAGCAAAAGUAACUCUCAAAUCCAACAAUACAUUGAGCAACUUGAACAAGUGAUAUUGGCUUAUGAUGCUUUUUUAAUCAGUACCAUCAAGUACUGUGAAGCCAUUUGGGCUCAGUUCGACACAGGCUGCAUGAUUCUUGGAAUUAUCUUAUUGAGUUUAGGAGCCGCUGCUACUUUAUCGAUUGCAUCAUCGCAACCACAGCAACAGCGACAACAACUGAGAAAAACCACGUCUACUACCAUUUCCACCAUUACUAUCUCGAACAGUGUAUUUGUGAUUUGUAUUCUCUCUUUAUUAGGUACUUCUAUUUUCACAUAUGUUCGCUAUCAAAUUCUUGGACAAUAUUUCCUUGCCCGAAAUUGGUUUGAAAAAAUGGGAUUUAUUGAUUGGCUUGGAACUGGUGUCGCCUUAGCCCUAACUGCCAGUAUUCUUGUUCUUUCUUUGAGUAAAAAGCAAGGAAAGACAUUCGACAGUAUUUCACGCAGCAACAACUCCAUCCCUUCAUCUUGGUGGAAUUUAAACGACAGGCAGACUAUUGUCAUAGCUGCUACCAUUCAAUCGUUUACUUUGGGUUCUAAUAGUUAUGUCGUUUGGGAAGAUCGUGGAACGCUUUAUAUUUUGAAUACAUUGGCUGUUGUUUGGGCUAUUCGAAACCUUAAAUCUCUUCAUUCAGUUUCCAUCAAGGCCAUAGUUACUUCGUUUGGCUUCCCACUCUUGUUCAUGGCUUUGAUUCGUAUAUCAAACGUCACAGGCCAGUGCCGUGAAGAACAAUUUCCAUAUUGCGAUUAUGUCCAUAGCGGAAUGCUGGAAUUUGGUUUUGAUACUACUGGAUAUUUUACGAUUGCUUACGUCGCUGUUAUGUACACGCUUAUUGUCUACUUCUCU